AUGGAGGAUGUGAAGAAGGCAGUUUUCGAAUUAUCUGCAGAUAGUGGUAGUGGUCCAGAUAGUAUGAUUGGUAUAUUUUAUCAGACUCCACCCAAGUCAAUAACAGAUACAAACCUAGUACUGUUACCAAAGAAGAAUAACAUUGAGACUUUUGCUAACAUGAGACAAAUUAGCCUUAGUAACUUCAUCAACAAGGGUAGGUGCAUCAUUGAAAAUGUCCUUAUAACUCAAGAAGUUGUGAGUAACAUUAGACUUAGGGGAAAACUAGCUAAUGUAGUGCUUAAGCUUGACAUGGCAAAAUCAUAUGAUAGAGUUUCAUGGAUGUUCUUAAUCAGAGUUUUAAGGAAGAUGGGAUUUGCAGAAGCUUUCAUAGAUACGGUAUGGAGGUUAAUAGCAAAUAAUUGGUAUUCAAUAUUUCUGAAUGGCCAAGCUUUUGGUUUUUUACAUUCCAUAAAGGGUGUAAAACAAGGAGAGCCUCUCUCUCCUGCCUUGUUCAUUUUGUCUGCUGAAGUGCUAUCUAGAGCAUUGAACUCUUUAUUUGAGAACAAUGAUUUUAGAAGCUAUGGAAUGCCCAAAUGGAGUGCAAAUUUGAAUCAUCUGGCAUAUGCAGAUGACGCAAUAAUUUUUGCAUAUGCUGAUUCUAAAUCAUUGGAGCUGAUUAUAGGGGUAUUACAUGACUAUGAGCAGAUAUCAGGUCAACUUAUUAACAAAAUCAAGAGCUCUUUCUAUGUUUACAAUAAAAUAUCUAAUGUGUUGAUACAACUAGUGGAAAACAUUACUGGUUUUUCAAGAGGCAUUUUCCCUUUUACAUAUUUGGGUUGUCCUGUUACACAUUCAAGGAAGAGGAAAGCUGAUUACAAUGAAUUGAUCAGGAAAGGGGGAGUAGGAUUUAGAUCACUGUUUGAUGUAUCUAAAGCCCUAUGUGCAAAAAUUUGGUGGAAAUUCAGGACAACAAACACUCUAUGGGCAAACUACAUAUGGAUCAAAUACUGCAAAAGGCACAGUCUUCAGAAUGUUCAAUGGAAGGGAGGUUCUCAAGUAGGAAAGGUAAUACUAGAGGCUAGAGAUAAUAUAGAACAUGAGAUAUGGUGGGAACCAAAGAGUGGAACUGCAAAUGUAUGGUUUGGCAACUGGACAAAGUUAGGGGCUCUAUAUCAUAAUGCUCCUGAUGAGUUUGUGAUAGAUGAGGGUGUUCAAGAUGUGAAAGAACUUUUGCUGCAACAAGGUUGGAACAUAGGCAAAUUGCAGCAAUUAUUCCCUAUGGACAUUGUAGGUCAUAUAUUAGAGGAGUUGCAUUUUCAUGAACCAACAGAAGAGUGGGACAGGUCAAGAUGGAUGAUGACGGCAUCAAGUAAAUUCACAGUAGGUACUGCAUGGGAAUUUCUGAGGCGAAAAGCAACCAAGUCAGAUUUAUUUAAAAACAUGUGGAUAUCUGGAGUACUUUUUAUGAUAUCUUUCUUUUUCUGGAGGCUGUGGAAGUUUAAAUUACUAGUUGGAGAAGUAGUGAGAAGGAUUGGGAUAGAUACUGAAGCAAGAUGUUAUUGCUGUGAUCAUAGACAAUAUGAAACUGUGGACCAUCUGUUUGUUAUAGGAAAUGUUGCUACAAAAGUUUGGACAUAUGCUAAAACUGUUGUAGGCAUCACAAUACAGUUUCAACAAGUCAAGCAAGUUCUACAGAGUUAUUCCAAUGAAUACCAUGUGGCAGAUAUGAAGGUAGAGGAAUACAGUUUUACAUGGUGGGAAGAUGUCCAUCAACAAGGUUGGUUCAAAUGUAACUCUGAUGGAGAUUCUAGAGGAAAUCUUGAACCAAGUUCUGUGGCCUUUUGUAUUAGAAAUGCAACAGGUAUUCAUCAAUUUGAUAGUUUCAAUUCACUUCCUAUGAAAGCAAGACAAAUUCUGAACACAGAGAAGGCACAAAUACCAUACAUGGGAAUUAGACAAGCUAAGGAUCAUCACAUUCCUAGAGAUUAA